AUCCCCGCCACCAUCAGAUCAAUUUGUUUGCGCUUAUCGCACUCCCGCAAGUUUUAAAACAAGUAGACAGCAUGGCCCCCCGCAUCUUUAUCACCGAUGUCGCGGGCUGGGUUGGAGGAGACUUCCUCGCCCUGCUCCAGCACGAACGACCAGACUAUCUAGUCCGGGCUCUCGUCCGCUCUCCUGAACAAGCUCGCACGCUGAAAUCCCAGUUCCCUGGCGUCCACUACGUAGUGGCGUCUUCAGAGCUUCAAGAACUCCUUGCCGCUGAAGGUGAAGCCGCAGAUGUAGUGGUCCAGAUCGCAAAUUCGGACGACGAGGUCAUGUCAUUGGCUCUCCUGGAGGGUGUUGCCAAACACACAGGGUCAACGUACUUGCACGUAACUGGCACCGCGACUCUCAUCAACCCGUCUGCGCCUCUUGGUCAGGUGGACCCCCGGACGUACAGCGAUGUCGACCAGACAGGCGAGAUCCUCGACUUCCACCCCGAACGACUGCAUGCCAGGAUCGAGCAGAAGAUCGUGCAUCGGGCUGAGGAGCUGCGGUCCAAAUGUGCCCUCGUUUCCCUACCUUGUCAUGUACGGCGAGGGUCGAGGGAUUAAUACGCCUCAUAGCAAAGUGUUCGAGCAGUAUCUCCGCGCUGUGAUGUCACACGGGCGGCCGUUCACCGUGAACAACGGUCUAAACGUCAUGAGCAAGGCGCACGUCUCAGACGCAUCGGCCGCCCUGCUCCUUCUAGUUGACGAGGCGUUGAAAGGCGAGG